GGUGAAGGGUUUGCUAACGUGAAGGUGCAUCGAAUGGCCAUGCGGGCGUACAAUGUAUCGUAAGGCGGUGAGGAAGGAGGGCUAGUCAAAAAGAGCUGUAGGGAUACUAUGGAGAACCGGAGACGGCUACGGACUACAGUAGGAGCUCGAGUAGGGGUCUUGUGAGGUUGAAACUGCUGGGGUGGGCGUUUGCUUUUCUGUUUUUUUUUUUCCCCAAAGGCGUGUGUUUAACUUUGAUAUAUAAUUGUUUGAAUAUCUAGCCGGGGAAGGAAAUGGCGUGUAGGGAUCGGCGGCUGAAUAGGUCUAGAUGAGCUGCAAAGAGGCUAUUUGAGCUGCCUUGGAACGGAUGGGGAUAGCUACCUACUGCAAUGAAAAUACGGGUCUUGAAUCUUACGUAGAUGGAUUUCCAAUGAUUAGCAUGUCUACUUGGAUAGGAAGACGGCUAUCGCGUAUAAGUGUGGCAAAGGUAAGAUCAAUUCAUCCUUGCGGUUGAUCAUAGGAUAUGACAUGGCUGAUGAUCAAUUUGGAUUAGCAGAGAUGGGCCUUGUCGAGAAUGUCGAUUACCUCUGGCUUUGGGAUAUACGGCAUAGGGGCGGUUAUGGCGGUUACAGAACAUGCUGCUAUUCAUCACAAAGACUUUCUCUGCGUGUAUGCCUACAUGGCAAGUCUUGAGCUUGGGCCUUUUACGAAAAUUUGGCGGUAUCGGCGUGAAG